CAUCAUCCCAAAAAGCCCCCGUUGGUGAAUCUAAGUGCUCAAAUGGAGGUAAGUAUGUCUCUCAACGCGUUAACUCGGCUUCCACUGAAGAACACGGGAAGACUCGAAGAGUUCGGUUUAGCUAGACAUUCACUGUUCACCUCGAGAACGCCAUGCCUAGAGACGGCGCAGCGGAGGAGGAAGGCUUUAGUGGUGGAGGCGAAGGGGAAGAAAGGUAUGGCGGCGCGUCAGUAUCAACGUACGCCUCCUCCUAUGCCUAAGAUUGAAGAUGACGGAAACCCUAGAUUCGUUAUCUUCAUUCGUAUGGCCAAUGUGUACCUUUGGUAUCCUCUCAGUAUAAUAGCAGGUGGUACAACUGCCAAGAUCAUGGUUGCUGCGAAAGAUAACCUCUUGGGGAAGUAUAUUUACAAAGACACCAUUGCAAGAAACAUAGCUGCUGUUAUUUACAGAGAUGAGAAGGAGAUACAAAAGACAGCAAUUAAGCAGCAUCGUGUCUUGCGGACUGCCACUGAGUUUCGAUAUGGCUACAAACUUGUUGAAAAUGGAAAUAUGAGAGCUGCACUGAGUACCUCAGAUGUUAUCGAGCUCCCAACCCAGGACCAGCUUAAAACAGUAUUCGACAAAGUGAAGGACUUUUUCGGGGAUGCAAAAGAGUCAUUCGGAAAGAUUUCAUCACUGAAUCCUGGGACAGAUGAAGAAACCGAAGGAAGCCCUGAUGAGAAAGCCAAGUAAGUAUGCAUUAUAAACAGGGUCCAAGGCUGAACGAUUGACACACGAUGGGCUGAUUCCUAAUGUCUCAACCGUCUUGAUAUGGGAUGCAGAAGUUCACUGGAUAGGGCGAGAUGCCCGCUACUUUGUGCACAUUUUUCUUUAUACACCUCUCUGAGAGAAACAGUUUCUCCUAAAUCUCUUGUAACAUAUAACUUAUUGUGUCUGUAGAUUUGUUGAAAGAAAGAGCUGUUUGGUUACAAAUUUUCGAGUUCAA